AACAGCACAGAACUUGACCGACAAAGACUCACUUGAGUACUUAAAGCAAACGUGUCCCUUUCUGGUGGACCAAGAAGCAAAAUAUGCUACUCUGUGCUGCGAUGGGCCCAUGCUCGUUUCGAUGCAAGCGAAGCUGAGCGUGGCUGAGGGCCUGCUGAAGCGCUGUCCUACGUGCUUGAACAACUUCCGCAAGCACCUGUGUGGAUUGACGUGCGAUCCACAUCAGAGCCGCUUUAUGGAACCAGCGUCUACGAAAAUAAAUGAAGAAACUCAACAAGAGUACAUCGACAAACUGAUUGUAUACCUCUCAAAAGAUUACAUGGAAGGAACGUUUAACUCUUGCCGUCAAGUUUUGAUGCCUUCGAGUGGUGUUCCCGCACUUGAAGCCAUGUGUGGUAGUUUCGGUGCCGCUGGAUGUACUUACGAUAGAUGGUUCGCAUACAUGGGAGAUGAAGACACUCCACUAGUACCUUUCCCGAUCGUUUAUAACGAGGCUGCACCAGAUGGAAUGGAACUAUAUAAUCCAGACGUACUUCCGUGCAAUCAGUCGUAUGAGAACAACUACGCCUGCAGCUGCGCCGACUGUGAGGAGAGCUGUCCCGCAGACAUAACUGUUAUAGACACAGGAGAGACGAAUGAGGAAUUCAAAAUUGGAGAAGCCGAUGGCGUCCUCGUUAUAAUGGCAAUAAUAUAUGGAAUUUUCGCAAUUGGUUUUCUCAUCUCUGUGAUUUUUGUUCCUCAAAGUGACACAGGUGAUUUACCUCCAUCACUCAUCUACAAGCUUUUCUUCGGAGGCAUCCCAUUAUUCCAGACGACGUUAAGCAAGCUGUUUAGAAAACUGGGCUUAGUAUUUGCCUCAUAUCCAGGAGCAACAAUAUGCUUAACAUCCUGGGCAGUUGUUGGCAUGAGCUAUGGCGCAUUGUCGUUGAUCGUCACGACUGACCGCAUAGAGCUAUGGGCUUCUCCGACAAGUCAAUCGAGGAUCGAAAAAGAUUACUUUGACACUCAUUUCGGGCCCUUCUACAGAACUGAACAAGUGUUCAUCAAGGCUCACGGUCUGGACAAUAUUAUGUACGAAAGCGGUAUGCAACCUGUGGAAUUCGGGCCAGUUUUCAAUAAAACUUUUCUGUUAACUGUCCUCGAUUUGCAACAACAGAUAAUUCAGAUCGGAGCUGGAGAAAGCUACGAGCUGAAGAAUAUCUGUAAUGCACCACUGGCGACGGGUGAAGUGAAAACAGAAGACUGCCUUGUGCAAAGUAUUUGGGGCUAUCUGAAAAACAAUGCAAGUUUGUUAGAAGAUGAUUCCUACUUGAGCAUAUUGUUAACGUGCAUGCAGAACAACGUUGAUUUUAGCUGUUUGGGCCCUUUCGGCGGGCCCAUUUUCGCUGGUUUGGCACUUGGCGGUUUUCCGGAAGAUGCAAACGUUAAUUACUCAAAGUAUGCGUUGUCAACAGGUCUCUCACUGACAUUUUUGGUCAACAAUCACUUGGAUAAGACAGAUCUACAACCGGCUCUUGAAUGGGAAUCUAGGUUCAUCCAGUUUUUGAAAGAAUGGUCGGAGACAAAGAUGCCCUCCUUCAUGUCAAUUGCUUUUUCGGCUGAACGGUCAAUAGAAGACGAGCUCGCACGUGAAUCUGAAGCAGAAAUAGCAACUGUUGUCAUCAGCUAUGCUGUGAUGUUUUUGUAUAUCACACUUGCUAUUGGACGAUAUAGAUCUUUCAAAACAAUACUGAUUGAUGGAAAAUUUACUCUGGGAGUAAGCGGAAUAGUCGUAGUACUUAUGUCAGUAUUAUCAUCUCUUGGGAUAUUUGGAUAUGCCGGAGUUGCAACAACAUUGUUAACAAUUGAGGUCAUUCCUUUCCUUGUACUGGCCAUUGGAGUUGACAACAUAUUCAUCCUAGUACAGACACAUCAGCGUAAUCCGAGACAAAAAACUGAAAGCCAUGAGGAACAUGUUGCACGGACACUGGGUACAGUUGGACCCAGUAUGCUACUCACAAGUUUAUCAGAGACAUGCUGCUUUCUUAUAGGUGCUCUGUCAAACAUGCCUGCAGUCAAUACGUUUGCUCUUUAUGCAUCUGUAGCUACAAUACUAAAUUUCAUUUUCCAAAUAACAUGCUUUGUAAGCAUUAUGACUUUGGAUGAUAAACGACAGUCAGAUAACAGAUAUGAUGUUUGCUGCUGUGUUAAGUCAGAAAAGGCAGUUGAUGAUACACCUUCUGAAGACUUUCUGUACCUGUUAUUCAAGUCAUAUUACAGUAAAUUUCUCCUCAAUCGCUUUAUAAAAAUAGUGGUUGUUCUCCUAUUUUCAUUCUGGCUGUGUUCAAGUUUAGUGCUAAUACCACACAUUGAGGCUGGAUUAGACCAAGAAAUUGCAGUGCCAACAGAUUCAUAUGUCCGAUCAUAUUUUGAGUACAUGAAAGAUGUUCUCUCCAUGGGUCCAAAUGUAUAUUUUGUAGUUAAAAGUGGUCUGAACUACAGUAAUGAAAAUGUUCAAAAUUUGUUCUGUGGUGGCCUGAACUGCUAUGCUGACUCCCUAACAACUCAAAUUACUCGUGCUUCAAAGUUACCAGACAGAUCAUACAUAACUACAAGUGCGUCAUCAUGGCUUGAUGAUUAUUUUGACUGGAUAAACUCUGGCAACUGCUGUCAAGAUGAUAAAGGCACAGAAUGUUCUGAAACACCAAGACCAACACCGAAGGAUUUUGAAACGUAUUUACCACAGUUUUUGCUAGCAAAUCCUUCACAAGAAUGUUCUAAGGGAGGACACGCAGCAUAUGCAGAGGGCUUGAAUUAUGUUUUGAAUAAAGAUGGUCUGGCAAUUGCCAUGGACAGCUACUUCAUGACUUAUCACACUGUUCUGAGAACUUCUGAGGAGUACACAAAUGCUCUGAGAUCAGCAAGAGAAAUAGCUAGUAGUAUUACUACAAUGUUACAGAUUGACAAUGACACGUAUAUAUCAAAUGUUUCAAAUGUUGAAGUGUUUCCAUACAGUGUCUUCUAUGUGUUUUAUGAGCAGUAUCUCACAAUUACAGGAGAUACAAUAAACUCUGUUGGCUACUCUUUAUCGGCAGUGUUCAUAGUGUCAUUUAUUCUCAUGGGCUUUAACAUAUUCUCAUCUGUCAUCAUACUCAUUAUGGUUACCAUGAUUGUGACUAACCUCGCUGCUUUCAUGGUAUGGUGGGAUGUACCACUAAAUGCAGUCUCCCUUGUAAAUCUUGUUGUUGGUGUUGGUAUAGCUGUGGAAUUCUGCAGUCACAUUGUACGGGCUUACACUGUUUCCACUCUUUCAGGGAGCAAUAAACGAGCAGCAGAUGCUCUUACUAAGAUUGGCAGCUCAGUACUGUCAGGAAUUACGCUGACAAAAAUUGUUGGUAUUUUUGUGCUGGCUUUUGCUAAGACUGAGAUCUUCCAAAUCUUCUAUUUCCGAAUGUAUCUUGGAAUCGUGCUGAUAGGAGCAGCACAUGGGCUGAUUUUUCUUCCAGUGUUGCUUAGCUAUAUUGGACCAAACAAGAACACCAAUCCAACAUUAGAAGACAUUACAAGAUCUACAUAA